CGCCACAGUCUGGCGCUCUCCGCUAUCCUCGCUGCGCAGCUUUUCUAAUCCUCCUCCUCCUCAAACUCUGAAGUGUUCGGACCAAAAGCUGCAACAUUCCCGGGGACAACUUUCUACACUGCUCAUGAACGUCUCAUUCCUACAGACCAGAGGAAACAUUUGGAGAACACCUGGAUUACCUUACUUCCUGGUUAUAUAACUUUUCUUGCACUUGAACGACUCUUUACAUUCCAAAGACUUUGGACCUACAUCGAUUUUUUGAAUCACCGAUCAAAGUCAUUUUUCUUCUUAUUUUAUUAUCCUAAAUAGACCAAAACAAGCAGCAGGCUGUAGCCUACUUUUUUUUGCACAACCCAGAAAUAGUCUUAACUGCGUUUUUUCCUCUACUAGUGUUAAAUUAAGUCAGAAAUCAGUCAGCAAUGGCAGGUUUGACCUCUGUGGAUGCUGUGAAGAGGAAGAUUCAGUGUUUGCAGCAGCAGGCCGACGAGGCAGAGGACCGGGCUCAGACCCUACAGAGAGAGUUGGACUGUGAACGGGAGCUCCGAGAGAAAGCGGAGGGUGAUGUAGCAGCUCUAAACCGUAGGAUCCAGCUGGUGGAGGAGGAGUUGGACCGAGCCCAGGAGAGGCUGGCCACGGCACUGCAGAAACUGGAGGAGGCUGAGAAGGCCGCAGAUGAGAGCGAGAGAGGGAUGAAGGUGAUUGAGAACCGAGCGAUGAAGGACGAGGAGAAGAUGGAGAUGCAGGAGAUCCAGCUGAAGGAGGCUAAACACAUCGCUGAGGAGGCCGACCGUAAAUACGAGGAGGUGGCCCGUAAGCUGGUGAUCCUGGAGGGAGACCUGGAGAGAACUGAAGAGAGGGCCGAACUCUCAGAACUUAAAGCAUGCGACCUGGAGGAGGAGUUGAAAAAUGUGACCAACAACCUGAAGUCCUUAGAAGCCCAGUCUGAGAAGUACUCAGAAAAAGAGGACAAGUACGAGGAGGAGAUCAAAGUUCUCACUGACAAACUGAAGGAGGCUGAAACCCGUGCAGAGUUUGCAGAGAGAACAGUGGCCAAACUGGAAAAGUCCAUUGAUGACCUGGAAGAGAAAUUAGCGAACGCCAAAGAGGAGAACCAGGGCAUGCAUCAAGUCCUGGACCAGACCCUGCAGGAACUGAGCUGCUUAUAAACACACAGAGAGGAAGCUGGAGAGGAUGAGAUCGUCAUGUAACAUUCCUUUAAUGUUCGACUCCAUUCCACAUUUCGAGCAGUAAAAUCUUCCCCGUGUGAAGGGGGAUUAACUUAAUGCUUGUCCCUUGAUGUUUUUUUUUUUUCUAAGGCACAACUUUUUUUUUUUUUUUCCCUAAUGGGAAGUCAUUUUGACCCCUUUUUUUUUAUCUCCAGCUGUGAUUGCAGAAAUUCUCCCAGAAAUGAUUUUUGACCACUUAUUUAGAAAAGAACUGGCAACUAACUCUCAAAGAAACCUCAGAUUUGGUCACUGAACCACUUAAACUGGCUUAAUUCUACAUUUAUGCACACAUACAUGAAGCCUCUGUCUGGUCAUUUUAAUACAUGUGCUACAGAUGGUGUUGGGUGCUCAGUAUGGCUCUGAAGCGCCACCCAGUGGUGAUAUAAAGUUAGGCAUGUCUUAACCACACAUUGACCUUAUGGAAAGGUUUUAUUGAUAACUAAACAGGUCAAGGCACAUGCUGCUCAGUCACUGAAUCAUAAAGUAACACCUCUUUUGCCAAUCCCUGAUUACCUUGAGGCCUACAUGAUGAAGAUGCAGAGUAUCUUUUUUCUACUCUAUUGUUAGUGUAGGAAUCUGCAGAACCUGAGAGCUGUGCGUGUACAGUUUCUAUCAGCGACGUGCAUUUCUAAGCCGUACAACCUUUCCCUAAGCUCGGCCUGCAUCAUCAACACAUCCCGCACCAUCGCCAACAGUUCGCCAUAAUGUAGUCAAUAUUUACUAGAUUUACAAUAUGUUGUAUUACAUGAGCGAGCUAAACACCAAACCACUGGAAGCUCAAGUCAAGUUUUGUCAACCAUGGAUACUUAUUGUAUAUAGCAGAAUAAUGUUAGGUAUUUGAGAAAUUGUAUUGCUUUGAUUUGUUUUGUUUUUUCAUUUACACCACUUUUAUUUUUUUUGCCAGGGGAACUCUCAAGACCAAAGAACACACAUUACACAGACAGUAAAUUCUUCAAAUGUUUUUAUUUUUGUUUGUGAUGGUCAUCAUGGUUUCAUCUCAUGCCAGGGCCAUGAAUAGAGCCUCACACACUUGACCGAGACCAUUUUAAAAUAUAUUUCAUUCACCAACCCCCCUCUAUGUCAACCUAAUAAAUGUUUUACAGAAACCAUGA